GAGAGAAUGGGGUUAUGGAGAAAGGAGAUAAAAGAAGAAACAAAGAAACAGCUAUGGCUGGCAGUGCCUAUGAUAUUUGUGUGUGUGUUUCAGUUCAGUUUACAACUAAUCUCUCUUAUGUUUGUAGGUCAUUUGAAUGAGUUGUUUCUGGCUGCUGUAUCUCUCUCUUCUUCCAUUACCAAUGCUUUUGGUUUCAAUGUCAUGAUGGGUCUCUCAAGUGCAUUGGACACAUUCUGUGGUCAAGCAUAUGGAGCAAAGCAAUAUCAAAUGGUUGGUGUGCACACCCAAGGAGCCAUGGUGGUCCUCAUCCUUGUUAGUAUACCAGUGUCCAUUAUGUGGGUAUUCUUAGAACCUAUUCUAAUCCUUCUUCAUCAAAACAAAGAAGUUGCAGCACUAGCUCAACUUUAUGCCAGAUAUUUGAUUCCAAGUCUUUCUGCCAAUGCUCUUCUUCGCUGCAUUACCAAGUUCCUACAAACCCAAAACAUAGUCUUUCCUAUGGUCCUAGCCACUGGCUUAACUAGCAUGUUGCACAUUCUUCUUUGUUGGCUUUUCAUUCAAAAACUUGAUUAUGGUAUUAAAGGAUCUGCCAUUGCUAUUUGCAUUUCAAAUUGGUUUAACACCAUAAUCCUUGCACUCUACAUACGAUUCUCCCCUUCAUGCAAACAAACUUGGACUGGUUUCUCUAAGCAAUCACUACAUAACAUCCCAAAAUUUCUCAGACUUGCUCUUCCUUCAGCUGUCAUGGUGUGCUUAGAAUCAUGGACGUUUGAAAUAAUUGUGAUCUUGUCGGGAGCUCUUCCUAAUGCAAAAUUGCAAACUUCGGUUCUUUCUAUAUGUCUUAACACAUCUGGUAUAUUUUGGAUGAUACCAUUUGGAGUUAGUGCUGCUGGAAGUACAAGGAUCUCAAAUGAAUUAGGGGCUGAUUGUCCAAAAGCUGCAUACUUAGCUGUUAAAGUCACCAUGUUCCUGACAUUUUUGGUGGGACUUGUAGAAUUUUCUGUCCUAAUGUCGUUAUGGAAAGUUUGGGGGCGUGCUUUUACCAAUGUGCAUGCAGUGCUCACAUAUUUGAUUUCCAUGAUGCCAAUAGUUGCAAGUUCUACCAUUGUAGAUUCAAUUCAAACAGGAUUUCAAGGUGUUGCUAGAGGAUGUGGUUGGCAGAAAAUUGGUGCACUUAUCAAUCUAGGAUGUAACUAUCUUUUGGGUGUUCCUUUCUCUGUUGUUUCAGCUUUUGUAUUCCACAUGAAAGGACAGGGACUAUUUUUAGGGAUCGUAUUAGCACUUACUGCGCAAGUAGUGUGUUUUCUUCUGGUCACGUUACGCGCCAAUUGGGAGAAAGAAGCAAAAAGGGCAAUUGCAAGAGUAGGAGGGAAUGGAGUCCAAGUUGAGGAGCAUUAGGGUGACCAAAAUGUGCAUACUACUACUUCAUAGUUCAACAAUCUUUGUUCUAAGUAGAAUCACUUACCUUGGAAAAUUAAUCUUUAUUCUAAUUAAACUCAUUUACCUUGGAAAAUUAAGGCUGCUUAAUUAUAUAUGAAUCCCAAACUUAGCAUCAAUGUACUUACAACACAACCAUUAUACCUUUGCAGCACACACUACCAAAACAAUAUAACCCUAAGUUUUCU